AUGUCGAACGACAACACCAACAGCCCCUCUGGCGACCGCCGCGGCUCUGUCACUUCCGCUGCGCUCUGUAAUCUCUGGCAACGAAGCAACUCGACCUCUACUGGAAAUGGUAUCGGCCGCGAAUCGGUCACAUCGGUGGCGUCUAGAGACCAACGUCGACGACUAUCUGUUAAUACGAUAGGGCUGUCUGGUACCUCACCCAAUUCUGGAAAUGCCACUUUUGGAAUGCGCAGGGGCAGUAAUUCCACCAACAACUCGGAUGCAGUCGAUGAGAGCGCCAUCGAGGAUGAGGAAUCCGCCAAGAUAGGGCCUACUUCUCCUUUCGCUCGUCGCAUCAGCUUCGGCGCCCAGGCUAUGCUUAGCCUACGCACUGGAUCCGGAAGCCCCGGAUCAACUGGUAGGACUCCCCAGCAGUCGAGACGUAUUUCUAAUGCAAAUACGCGUGCUCUACCUUCCAGUGCCUCGUCCGCCUCAACUGCUGCGAGACGGGCAAGCACCUCUCAGGCAAGCAAUGUAUUACCCUACAGAGCCCCUUCUGACAUGUUUUCUGCUCGGGCAGACAAUGGAUACAACUGGCCCGAGCAGCUUAGAUCCCGUGCCGAAAGCAGUGUUCAAGGUCAUCGACCGACCUUUGGACCUCGUAGAUACGGCUCGCCACCUCACGGCGGCGGUCAACAUGAUCGCUCUAAAUCCGUUUCCGAAAUGCCACCUCCUCCCAAACAAGCUGCUGCCGUAAAACCGAAGCAGCCAGAAAGGCCUAAGCCAGACCCCAUGCAAGAGCGCAUUCUCAAAGGCGACUUCUAUAUGGAUUGA